GUACGCAGAGAGUUUUUGGCGCGAGCUUCUUAAAUCAGGCCGCGGUCCCGCUGGGUUGUGCACCUUGAGUCUUGUUUGGAGAUGUAGAUUGCCACCGGAAGCAGCCUGAGGGGUCCGGCUUGUGACCAACGUGCCUGCUGGCGCAGUGUUUGUCCAGCUACUCCAGCCAAAAUUGAGCCGCACCUCUGGAGCGGAAAUACAGUAAAGCAAUCAACGGAAAAAUAUUGUAGAGAAAGAUGCCUAUUGGAUCCAAAGAGAGACCAACUUUUUUUGAAAAUUUUAAGACGCGAUGCAGCAAAGCAGAUUUAGGACCAAUAAGCCUUAAUUGGUUUGAAGAACUUUCAUCAGAGGCUCCACCCUGUAAUUCUGAACCUGCAGAAGAACCUGAAUAUAAAAUCAACAGUUAUGAGCCAAAUCUAUUUAAAACACCACAAAGGAAACCCUUUUAUCAUCAGUUAGCUUCAACUCCAAUAAUAUUCAAAGAGCAAAGUCAAACUCUACCACUAUACCGGUCUCCUUUAAAUGAAUUAGGUAAAUACAGAUUAAACUUGGGAAAGGAUAUUGCCAAUAGUGAACUUAAAAAUCAUCGCACAGUGAAGGCUAAAGUGGACCAAGCAAAAGAUGUUGCCAGUCCACCUCUAAAUUCUUGUUUCAGUGAAAGUCCUCUCGUUCUACAGUGUACACGGGUAACACCACGAAGAGAAAAGCCAGUAAUAUGUGGAAGUUUAUGUCACACACCCCAGCUUAUAAAGGGUCAGACACCAAAACAUAUUUCUGAAAGUCUAGGAGCUGAGGUGGAUCCUGAUAUGUCUUGGUCAAGUUCUUUAGCUACGCCACCGACUCUCAGUUCUACUGUGCUCAUAGUCAGAGAUGAGGAAGCAUCUGAAACUAUAUUUCCUAACAAUACCACUGCUAUUUUGAAGCGCUCUUUGUCUAACCAUGAUGAAAAUCUGAAAAACAAUGAUAAAUUUAUCCCUUCUGUGAUGGACAAUGAAAACAAAAAUCAAAGAGAAGUUAACCAUCAUGGAUUGGGGAAAAUGGUAGGGAAUUCAUUUGGAAAAGUAGGUUGCUGCAAAGAUCACUUUGUAAAGUUAAUGCCAAAUGCCCUAGAAGAUGAAGUACAUGAAACACUUACAGACAUUUCUGAAGAAGAUAGUUUUUCACUAUCUUUUUUGAAGCAUAGAACAGGAAAUCUACAAAAAAAAAGAAUGAGCAAAACUAGGAAAAAAAUUUUCCAUGAAAUAAGAACAGAUGACUUCAAAGAAGAAACUAAAAAACAAAUGAAAGAAAAAAAACAUUCAUUUGCAUCUGAAAUGGAACCAAAAGAUAGUGAUCCUUUAGAUACAAAUGUACCAAGUCAGAAGCCUUUUGGCAGUGAAAGUGACAGAAUCUCCAAGGAAGCCAUACCAUCUUCAGGCUCUCAAUGGUCUCAGCUAACACUCUCAGGUCUAAAUGCAACCCAGAUGAAAAUACCUCUACUGCCUAUUUCUUCUUGUGACCAAAAGUAUUCUAAAAAAUACUUAAUAGAUAGUGAAAAAGAAGGUGGAAACCAUACUCCUUCAGAAAAUUCUUUGCCACAUAUUUCUAGUCUACCAGAAAAGAUAUCAAAUGAGGGAAAAUCUGUAGAUGAGAGAGAUGAAGCGGAACAUUUUGAAUCUCAUAAAGACUCCAUUCUUGCAGUGAAAGAGGCAAUAUCUGGGACUUCUCCAGUAUCUCCUGUAUUUCAAGGUAUCAAAAGGUCUAUAUUCAAGAUAAGAGAACCAUCUGAAGAGACUUUUUGUACACUCUUCUCAGAUAAUGUGAUCAACCCAAACUUUAAAGAAGAAACUAAAGCCUCUAAAAGUGGGUUGGAAAUACAUACUGUUUACUCACACAGAGAGGAUUCUUUAUGUCUGAGUUCAGUUGAUAAUGGAACCUUGCCAGCCACUAUCAUGCCUUCUUCUGGGACUUUAAAGAAUAGAGGUUUAAUAUCCACUUUGAAAAAGAAAAAAAAAAAGUUUAUUUAUGCUAUAAAUGAUGAAGCAUCCUGUCAAAGAAAGGGAAUGCAGAAAGAACAAACAAGAGCACUAACCAACAAUUCAGCCCAGUUUCAAGCAGAUGGUUUUGAAGCAUCACUUACAUUUGCAAAUGCUGAUGCAGGUUUAUUGCAUUCUUUUGUCAAACGAAACUGUUUACAGAAUGAUGCUGAAGAGUCAACCUUUUCAACCAACUCUUCUGGGGCAAAUCUGAGAAAAUGUUCCAAUAAUGAAAGUAAUUAUGCUAUUACAAUAAUAUCUCAAGAUCUUAAUUACAAAGAAGCAAAACUUCAUGAAGAAAAACUGCAGUUAUUUAUACCCCCAGAAACGGAUUUUCUGUCGUGCCUACAGAAAAGACAGUAUGGAGUAGAUUCAAAAAGCCAGAAAGUUUCAAAUAUAGAAGAAAAUGUCUUAGUUGCAGCAUAUCAGCCUGAAGUUCAGCAUUCAGAAGUAGAAUAUAGUGGUAUUCCACUUCAGUCACAGAAAAGCUUUUUUGAUGGCCAUGAUAAUACUAGCCCUCUUAUAUUAUCUCCUAGCUCCAAGAAUCCUUCAAAUCCAGUUAUGAUCUCUAAAGAAAAAGAAUCACACAAAAUGUCAGAGAAACUAAAAUGUAAGAAUUGUGAAACUGGUAUUGAAUUAGCCAAAAAUAUUUCCAUUGAAAAAAAUCAAAAAAUAUAUGUUUUAAAUGGAAAUUCUAAAAAAGUUGAGCAGUUGUCACUUGAAAAAUGCAUAACAGCAGCAUCGCCUUCACUGAAGAUGCCACUCAACCAUGAUACAAGUCUAACAGUGAUCCAAAAAGAUCAAAAAGAAACUUCUUUAAUUUCAGAAAUGACUGCCAAUCCAAACUCUGAAGAACUUUUCGCAGGCAGUGAGAAUAAUUUUGUCUUUCAAAUACCUGAUAAAAGGAAUAGUCCUGUUUUAGGAAAGACUAAGGAAAUUUGUGGAUCAGAUUUUAGUUUUAUAAAAGAAUCCAUUCUCCAGAACUCUGCUAUGGUAGUAGAUACAGACAUAGAUGACAAACAAGCAAUCCAGGUGCUGAUUACUGAAGAUUUUGACCCAUCAAAUACAAUCCAUGAUCUCAAAGAGAACAGAAAUAGCGUAAAGCAGCAUCUAACUUCAGGACUUGAAAAUCAGAAAUCAGACAUCUCCUUGGAUAUGAAACCAAACAGGAAUAAUGAUUACACACACAAAUGGGCAGGGAUCUUACAUCCAGGUUCGAGUCACAGUUUUGGAGGUAGCUUCAGAACAGCUUCCAAUAAAGAAAUAAAAGUCUCUGAACAUAAUAUUAAGAAAAGCAAAAUGCUUUUCAAAGAUAUUGAAGAACAGUAUCCUACUAGUUCAGCUUCUGUUGAAAUUGUAAAUACCUUAUUAAAUAACCAAAAGAAAUUAAACAAACCUCAUAUAUUUGAUUUGCAAUCAGUUGAAACAGUGCCUACAUGCGUGCAGAGUAGUCCGUCUGUUUCUGAUUGUGAAAAUAACCACACAACCUCCCAGAUGUUACCAUUAAAACAAGAUUUUAAUUCAAACCAUAAUUUAACACCUAGCCAAAAGGCAGAAGUUACAGAACUUUCUACUAUAUUAGAAGAAUCAGGAAGUCAGUUUGAAUUUACACAGUUCAGAAAAGCAAGCCACUUAAUACAAAGUAAUACACUUGAAGUGCCUAGAAACCAGAUGACUGCCUUAAGUACCACUUCUGAGGAAUGGAAAGAUGUUGAUCUUCAUCCCACAUUUGGUGCCUCAUCUAUUGAUCAGAUAGACAGCAUCAAAAAUGUUGGAGGAAUUGGAGUUAAACAAAAGUUUGCUUACUUAUUGAAAAACAGUCCUAACAAAAGUGCUGCUGGUUCUUUGACAGAUGAAAGUAAAGUGGAAUUUAGAGGUUUUUAUUCUGGUCUUGGCACAAAACUGAAUAUUUCUAGUGAAGCCCUACAGAAAGCCUUAAAACUGUUCAGUGACAUUGAGAAUAUUAGUGAAGAGACUUCUCCAGAAGUAGAUCCAAGUUUCUCUUCAAGUAAAUGUUAUGAUUCUAUUGUCUCAAUGUUUAAGAUAGAAAAUCAUAACAAUGAUAAAAAUAUAAAUAAGAAAAACAAUAAUUGCCAACUAGUAUUACAAAAUAAUAUUGACAUGACUACUGGCAUUUUUGUUGAAGAAAAUCCUGAAAGUUGCACGAGAAAUGCAGAAAAUAAAGAUAACAAAUAUAUUGGUGCCAGUAGAAAUAUUUGUAAAUUAGGAAAAUCGGGUGGCAGCAAUUCAAGUAAAAAUGAUACAGUUUAUAUUCAUAGAGAUAAUUUGCCAUGUAACAAUCAGCACAAUAUACAUUUUAAAUUAUCUAGCCAGUUUAUGAGUGAUGGAAGCACACAACUUAAAGAAAGUUUGUCAGAUUUAACUUGUCUGGAAGUUGUGAAGGCUGAAGAAACAAGUUAUAUUAGUUCAACUAAAGAACAGUUAACUGCAGGUGAGAUGGAACAAAAUACAAACAAUUUAAAUACACUCUUUCAGACUGCAAGUGGGAAAAAUAUCAGAGUCACCAAAGAGUCAUUAAGUAAAGUUGUAAAUUUCUUUGAUCAGAAAACAGAAGAAUGGAAUGACUUUUCAGAUUCUCUGAAUUCUAAAUUACUUUCUGGCAUAGAGAACAAAAUGGACAUUUCAAGUAAUGGGGAAACAAACACGAUGAAAAACAAAAUAUUGGAAGAAAGUACCCCGGCUGGUACUGGAACUCAGUUAAGUCUCCUGCAACAACCUGAAUGUCAAAUAGAAAAUAUCAAAGAACCUAACCUGUUGGGUUUUCGUACAGCUAGUGGGAAAAAAGUAAGAAUUGCACAAGAAUCUUUGGACAAAGUGAAAAAUCUUUUUGAUGAAAAACAGGAAGAUGUUAGUAAAAUUACCAAAUUGAGUCACAAAGCAGCAAAGAAUGUCAAAGACAGAGAGGACUGUAAAGAAGGGCUUGAAUUAGUAUGUGAAACAACUGAAAUAACCUCUAUCCCAAAGCGUGAAGAAACGCAGAAUUCCCUAAAUAAUAAAAACUUUAGUGAAACUGGUAUGCUACCCAGCCUAACUAAUAGCUUACAAAGACAAACUGAAAAUCUCAAAACAUCAAAUAGUAUCUCUUUGGAAGUUAAAGUACAUGGAAAUGUAGAAAAAGAAACAGUGAACAGCCCUACAACUUGCACAAAUCAGUUUCCUUUUUCAACUAUUGAAGAAUCUUUAGGAUUUUUCACAGGACAUGGUAAAAAAAUUUCUGUGAAUCCAGCUUUACUGUUUAAAGUGACAAAGUGGCUUAAAGGAGAAUUGGAUGAGCAGCAAGAAGAAAUAAAUACUGCUGAGGUAGUAUGUGUAAAAGAAUAUUCUCAGGAUUGUGUAGGAAAUCCUUUGAAUAAAAUUAGUUCAAGCAGUAUCACAACUGAAAAUGACAAAAUUUAUCUCUCUGAAAAACAAGAUUUAAUUCAUUUGAGUAACAGUAGCAUAUCUGAUAGCUACCAUUCUGAUGUUUGUCAUUCUGAUAAUAUGCAUGAUGAUUCAGGAUAUCUCUCAAAAAAUAAAAUUGAUUCUGGUAUUGAGUCAGUCAUGAAUGUCAAAGAUAAAAAUAACACUGGUUUUCCAGAAGUUCCCAGUAUAAAAGAAGUAAACACAUAUCCACAAGCCGUAAGUGAAGAUAUUUGUGUUCAGAAACCUGUGACUAACUUUUCACCAUGCAAAAAUAAAAAUACAACCAUUAACUUGGCUGUAUCUGAUUCAGAUAAUAUUGAGGUAAGGCCACCGGCAUUCAGUACAGCCAGUGGUAAAAUAGUCCUUAUUUCACAAGACUCGAUUAAAAAAGUAAAAAAGAUAUUUACGGAAAACUCUAAGAAGAUAAUUCACCAAAACACUGAGAAUAACAAUAAGGAAAUUAACCAAAGCACUGAGAGUAAAUCAAACACUUCCCAAAGAAAAACUGUGACAGCUUAUAAUAAGGCAUUGGAUAAUUCAGAGGAUGUUAUUUUUCCUAACUCUCUAGAUGAGGAAGAAUGUACACAUUCAUGUAAGGUUUUUGCUGGUACUCAAAAUGAAGGAAGUUUGCAACAUAACAAAAGUAUGUCUGAAUUGGAGAAAGUUUCUGAAAGACCAGCUUGUGUUAGCUUGAAAGCUUCAGAUAUAUGUAAAUUUAAUAAUACAGGGAAGGUUCCCAAGUCAGCCUCUUCUACAAAUGUUUAUGGGAUUUUUAGUACAGCAAGGGGAAAAUCUGUAGAAAUAUCAGAUGCUUCAUUACAAAAGGCAAGACAGGUGUUUUCUAAAACAGAUGGUAGUACAAAGCAACUCUUUUCCAAAGUAUUUAAAAAUAAUGAACAUUCAGACCAUUUCACAAAAGAAUGUACUAUAAUGCAUACCCCCAAAAAAGUAUCACCGCCAAAAAACUUUCAGCAUACUGCAGAUUCAUCUGCUUUUUCUGGAUUUAGCACAGCAAGUGGAAAACAGGUUUCAAUUUCAGAAAGUGCCUUACACAAAGUUAAGGGAAUGUUAAAGGAAUUUGAUUUAAUAAAUGAAUAUACUCUUGAGCAUUCACCUUCAUCUAGACUAGAUGUAUCGAAAAUUCCACUUUGUAUUGAUAAAAGAACCCUGGAACACUCUAUAGAUUCUAAAAUGAAAAAAACCUACAAUAAUGAAUUUAAAUUAUCGAGUAACUGUAAAACUGAAAUUGGUUCAUCAGAAAGUAAUCACUCUAUUAAAGUUUCUCCAUAUCGCUCUCGGUUUAAGCAAGACAAACGACACUUGAUAUUAGGAUCCAAAGCAUCACUUUUUGAGAACACGCAUCUUUUGGGGGAAGAACAGGCUUUACCCAAAAAUAUAAUGGAAAUUGGUAAAACUGAAACUUUUCCUAAUAAUUCUGUGCAAACAAGGGCAGAAAUACGUUCUCCUUGCCCCAAAGAACCAGAAAACUAUUUUGAAACAGAAGCAGUAGAGAUUGCUAAAGCUUUUAUGGAAGAUGAUGAGCUGACUGAUUGUGAACCACCAAGUCAUCCCAAACACUCACUUCGUACAUGCCAAAAAAAUGAAAGGAUUUUGUUAAAUUCAAGAACUGGAAAAAGGAGAAGAGAUGCCCUUGUUUCAGCUGGAGAAUCUCAAAUUAAAAGAAGCUUGUUAAAUGAAUUUGACAGGAUAAUAGAAAAUGAAGGAAAAUCCUUAAAAGCUUCGAAAAGCACUCCUGAUGGUACAAUAAAAGAUAGAAAGCUGUUUACACAUCACAUUUCUUUAGAGCCAGUUACCUGUGGACCCUCUUGCACAAGUAACAAGUGUCAAGAAAUCCAGAAUCUAAAUUUUAUUGCACCUGCUCAAGAACUUCUGUCUAAAUCUCAUCUUUAUGAACACUUGACUUUGGAAAAAUCUUCAAACAGUUACCCAGUUUCAAGACAGCCAUUUUAUAAUGUUCCUACUCUAAGAAAUGAAAAAAUGAAAUACCCAAUUACUACAGGCAAAUCAACCAAAGUCUUUGUUCCACCUUUCAAAACUAAAUCAUGUUUUCACAGAGAUGAAUAUUGUGUGAGCAAGGAUAUUAAUUUAGAGGCAAACAAACAGAAGCAAAAAAAUAUAGAUGAAUAUGGCUCUGGUGAUAGUGAAAAUAAUGUUAAUGAUAGUGAGAUUCAUCAGUUUAACAAAAACAGCUCCAAUCAAGCAACAGACAUAAUUUUCACAAAGUGUAAAGAAGAACCUUCAGAUUUAAUGACAAGCCUUCAGAAAGCCAGAGAAAUACAGGAUAUUCGAAUUAAAAAAAAAGAAAGGCAGCAUAUUUUUCCACAACCAGGUAGUCUGUACCUUGCAAAAACAUCCACUCUGCCUCGAAUCUCUCUGAAGGCAGCAGUUGGAGGCCGAGUUCCCUCUGCAUGUUCUCAUAAACAGCUCUAUAUGUAUGGCAUAUCUAAACAUUGCAUGAAAAUUAACAGCAAAAAUGCAGGAUCUUUUCAAUUUCACACUCAGGAUUACUUUGGUAAGGAAGAUUUACAGGCUGGAAAGGGAAUACAGUUGGCUGAUGGUGGAUGGCUUAUACCUACCAAUGAUGGAAAGGCUGGUAAAGAGGAAUUUUAUAGGGCUCUGUGUGACACCCCAGGUGUGAAUCCAAAGCUUAUUUCUAGAGUUUGGGUCUAUAAUCACUACAGAUGGAUUAUAUGGAAACUGGCAGCUAUGGAAUUUUCUUUUCCUCAGGAAUUUGCUAAUAGAUGCCUAAACCCAGAAAGGGUCCUUCUUCAACUAAAAUACAGAUAUGACAUGGAAGUUGAUAGAAACAGAAGAUCAUCUUUAAAAAAGAUAAUGGAAAGGGAUGAUACAGCUGCAAAAACACUUGUUCUCUGUGUUUCUGACAUUGUUUCAUCGAACACAAAUACAUCUGAAACUUCUAGCAAUAAAACCAGUGGUGCAGAUACCAAAAAAGUGGCCGCUAUCGAACUUACAGAUGGAUGGUAUGCUGUCAAGGCCCAGCUGGACCCUCCUCUCUUAGCUUUCUUAAAGAACGGAAGGCUGGGUGUGGGUCAGAAGAUCAUUAUCCACGGAGCAGAACUGGUGGGCUCUCCUGAUGCCUGUACACCUCUUGAAGCCCCAGACUCUCUUAUGUUAAAGGUUUCAGCUAACAGUACUAGGCCUGCUUGCUGGUACACCAAGCUGGGGUUCUUUCCUGACCCUAGGCCUUUCCCUCUGCCUCUGUCAUCACUGUUCAGCGAUGGAGGAAAUGUUGGUUGUGCUGAUGUCGUUGUUCAAAGAAUAUACCCUAUACAGUGGAUGGAGAAGACAUCAUCUGGAUUAUAUAUAUUUCGCAAUGAAAGAGAAGAAGAAAAGGAAGCAGCAAAACAUGCAGAGGCCCAACAAAAGAAACUAGAAGUCUUAUUCACUAAAAUUCAAGGACAGUUUGAAGAGCAUGAAGAAAAACCUACAAAAUGGUGUACACUCUCACACACAGCAUCAAGAGAGGAGGUCUGUGCUCUGCAGGGUGGUGCAGAGCUUUAUGAAGCAGUGAGGAAUGCACCAGACCCGGAUUACCUUGAGGGUUAUUUCAGUGCAGAGCAAGUAAGAGCCUUGAACAAUUACAGAAAAAUGUUGAAUGAUAAAAGACAAGCACAGAUCCAGCUGGAGUUCAGGAAGGCUAUGGAAUCUGCUGAACAGGGGGAACAAGGUCUGUCAAGGAAUGUCACAACUGUGUUGAAGUUGCGCAUUGUAAGCUAUGAGAGAAAAGAAAAUUAUUCAGUUAUAUUGAGUAUUUGGCGACCAUCAUCAGAUUUAUAUUCCCUCUUAACAGAGGGAAAGAGAUACAGAAUCUAUCAUCUUGCAGCAUCAAAAUCUAAAAGUAAAUACGAAAGAGCAAACAUACAGUUAACAGCAACAAAAAAAACUCAGUACCAACAGCUAACGGCUUCAAAUGAAAUCUUAUUCCAGAUUUAUCACCCAAGGGAGGCCCUUUGCUUCAACAGACUAUUAGAUCCAGACUUUCAGCCAUCUUGUUCUGAAGUGGACCUCAUAGGAUUUGUAGUUUCUGUUGUGAAAAAAAUAGGUCUUGCUCCACUGGUCUAUUUGACAGAUGAAUGGCAUAAUUUUUUAGCAAUAAAAUUUUGGAUAGAUAUUAAUGAAGAUAUUAUUAAACCUCACAUGUUAAUUACUGCAAGCAACCUCCAGUGGCGACCAGAAUCCAAAUUUGGAAUUCCUACUUUAUUUGCUGUGGAUUUUUCCAUGUUUUCUGCCAGCCCAAAAGGGGGCCACUUUCAAGAGAGAUUCAACAAAAUGAAAAAUGUUGUUGAGAAUAUUGACAUAUUUUGCAAUGAUGCAGAAAAGAAGCUCACACAUUUACUUAAUGUAAAUGAUCCCAAGUGGUCCACCCCAUCUAAAGACUAUACAUCAGAACCACACACUGCUCAGACAGUCCUUGGUACAGGAAACAAGUGUCUGAUGUCCUCUCCUAGUAAUGAGAUAAAUUACCAGAGUCCUUUAUCACUUUGUUCACCAAAAGGGAAGUCUGUGUCCACACCCAUAUCAGCCAAAAUAACUUCAAAGUCUUCUGAGGGAGAGAAAUCAAUGAAUGACCCAAAAAACUGCAAAAAAAGAAGAGCCCUGGAUUUUCUGAGUCGCGUGCCUUUACCUCCACCUAUGAGUCCCAUUUGCACAUUUGUUUCCCCAGCUGCACAGAAGGCCUUUCAGCCACCACGGAUUUGUGGCACCAAGUAUGAAACACCUAUAAAGAAAAAGGAAUUGAAUUUUCCUCAGAUGACUCCACUUAAAAAAGCCAAUGAAGUUUCUCUUUUGGAAAGCAAUUCAAUACCUGAUGAAGAAUUUGCAAUGAUAAAUACCCAAGCCCUCCUGAAUAGUUCUUCAGGAGAAAAUCAACCUCUGUCUAUCAGUGAAUCCACCAGGACUGCUCCUUCCAGUUCAGAAAAUUAUCUUGGACAGAAAAGUCAUUAUACUAUGUCUCUGGUCAAAGGGCAAGAGAAUUCACAAGCCAGCGCAGAAGAAUGUAAGAGCAACAUGCAGGACACAAGUAGGAUAAAGAAUAUAUCUAAGAGAUUGCAAAGGCGACAAAAACAUAAAUAAUAAUACUCUUAACCUUUCCAGUCUGUAGUAUAACUUCAAACUGCCUAUCAGUAUUUACAUAACAAGGCAUAAGUUUCACAGUUUCGAUUUGCAUAUCACAAUGUUCUUUGCUUGAUUCUGUUUUCAGUUGUAUGUCUUAAAAUUGUACAUUAACUAAUCAAAAAUCUCAUUUAAAUAUUUAGAUUUGAUCACAAAAAUAUUAUUUUAUAAAUAAACAUCUUUUUCGA